AUGAGUGAGAGCGGGUAUACGUUGAUUUACGAGCCCAACACCGCGAGUCGGGUCUCCGUCAAUGAAUUCAAAACGUUGUUGGAAAAGGGCAAAGACGAGGUCAAGGUGGACACGAUGAAAAAGAUUCUCAUUUCGAUCCUCAAUGGCGACCCCAUGCCCGACUUGUUGAUGCACAUUAUUCGUUUCGUGAUGCCUUCGAGAAACAAGGAAUUGAAGAAGCUCCUCUACCACUACUGGGAAGUGUGUCCCAAGCUCGAUGAUUCAGGUAAGAUGAGGCACGAGAUGAUCUUGGUGUGCAACGCGAUCCAGCGUGACUUGCAGCAUCCCAACGAGUACAUCCGCGGUAACACGUUGCGUUAUUUGACCAAGCUCAAGGAGGCUGAAUUGUUGGAGACGCUCGUGCCCAAUGUGCGCCAAUGUCUUGAACAUAGACAUGCCUAUGUGCGCAAGAAUGCUGUUUUUGCCUUGUGGUCGAUUUACAAAGUCAGCGACCAUUUGUGCCCCGAUGCCGACGAGUUGAUCUACAGGUUCUUGUACGAUGAAAAUGACUCUGUGUGCAAGAGGAAUGCAUUUGUUUGCCUUGGCGACUUGAACAGAAACGCAGCGUUGCAGUAUAUCCAGGAUAACAUCACCACCAUUGAAACGUUGGACCCUUUGUUGCAGUUGGCAUUUAUCGAGUUUAUCAAGAGAGAUUCGUUAAAGAAUACGAGCUUGAAGCAGCAGUAUGCGCAAUUGAUUACGGAAAUCGUGGAGAGCUCAUCGAAUGUGGUGAUGUAUGAAGCGGCCAACACCUUGACGGUGUUGACUUCAAAUCCGGCCUCGAUCCUCUUGGCUGGCAACAAGUUUGUUGAAUUGGCCACUAAGGAGUCGGAUAACAAUGUCAAGAUUAUCACUUUGGACAGAAUCAAUGAUUUGAACAAGGAACAUCCGGGCGUGUUGCAGGAUUUAUCGUUGGAGAUCUUGAGAGUGUUGUCGUCGCAGGACUUGGACGUGAGAAGAAAAGCGUUGAAUGUCACUUUACAAUUUAUCACUUCGAGAAAUGUCGAGGAUGUGGUCAAGUUGUUGAAGAAGGAGCUUCAAGCUACUAGCUCGUCGAAUGACGACAAGAACUCCGAGUAUAGACAAAUGCUAAUCAACGCUAUCCACCAAUUGGCCAUCAAAUUCUCCGAAGUUGCCGCAAAUGUCAUUGAUUUGUUGUUGGACUCGAUUGCUGACUUGAACUCAACUGCCGCGUAUGAGGUCAUCACCUUUGUCAAGGAAGUUGUUGAGAAAUUCCCCGAGUUGAGAGAUGCAAUCGUCAAGAGAUUGAUUGCUGCCUUCCCCAACAUCAAGAGCGGCAAAGUUUUCCGCGGCGCGCUUUGGAUUAUUGGUGAGUAUGCUCUUGACGAGCACUUGAUUCAAGAUUCUUGGAAACAUAUCAGAUCAAGCAUAGGUGAAGUGCCCAUUAUCACGAGCGAGUUGAAGACAAGAGAACCACUAAAGACAGAGGAAAAUAGUAAUGGCGGUGGUGAAGAGCACCACAAGAAGAAAGGAGGGCCCCUCGUCUUGCCUGAUGGGACUUAUGCCACCGAGACUGCGUUUUCGGCUGAAACGGUUGACAGUGCCGAUAGCGAAGAGAAACCACCCAUUAGAAAGCACUUGCUUGCUGGUGAUUUCUACCUCGGUGCAGUCUUGUCUUCCACCUUGGUCAAGUUGAUCCUCAGAUUGCAAGAGUCGAAAGUUCUGGGGAAGAUCUUGAAUGCCUCAAAAGCCGAGGCGUUGUUGAUCAUGGUAUCGAUACUUAGGUUGGGUGAAAGCUCCUUAGUUUCAAAGAGGAUCGAUGAAGACUCGGCAGAUAGAAUUGCCUCAUAUAUCAAGAUUCUAAAUGACGAACAAGAUGCCGAGAAUAUCUCCACGAGUUUCCUUGAAGAGACAAAAGAUGCAUUCAAGGCCCAAAUCAACGAUGCCGAGCAAAAGAAGGCCAAAGCAGAGGCGAAGGAUUUGGUUGAGCAUGCUGAACAAGUGGACCAUGCGAUUGUCUUUAGACAACUCGACAAGGACAAUAAAGCUGGCUCGAAAGCAAUAGACGAUCUCGUUGCUGCCUCUGGACUGAAUGUCAAGAGGGAGAGUUUGGCUCCUAGAUUGAGCAAGAUUUUACAAUUGACUGGGUUCUCCGACCCUAUCUAUGCCGAGGCUUUUGUUCGAGUACAUCAAUACGACGUGACGUUGGAUGUUCUCUUGGUUAAUCAAACCACCUCGACUUUGAGAAAUUUGUCAGUGGAGUUUGCCACGCUCGGGGAGUUGAAAGUGGUGGACAAGCCCACCACGGCAAACAUUGGUCCUCACGGGUUUUAUAAAGUGCAAACCACAAUCAAGGUUACAUCAGCUGACACGGGUGUCAUUUUUGGAAACAUUGUAUACGAUGGACAACACUCGGACGAGUCUACCAUUGUGAUAUUGAACGACGUCCACGUUGACAUUAUGGACUACAUCAAGCCUGCCACUUGCUCCGAGAGCCAAUUCCGCAAAAUGUGGAACGAGUUUGAGUGGGAAAACAAAAUCACCAUCAAGUCGCCGAUUGGGUCGUUAAAGACGUACCUCGAGGAGCUCAUGAAGGGUACCAAUAUGAAGUGCUUGACCCCGGGUGCCGUGAUUGGAGAAGAAUGCCAAUUCCUUUCUGCCAAUUUAUACUCGCGCUCGACGUUUGGCGAAGAUGCGUUGGCCAAUUUGUGCAUUGAAAAACAGAAUGACGGGCCCAUCAUUGGACAUGUGAGGAUAAGAUCUAAAGGUCAAGGGUUGGCGUUGAGUUUAGGUGAUCGAGUUGCCUCGAUAUCGAGAAAGAGUAAGAAUGCGUCUAUAACUCGUGUGUAG